AUUCUUCACAUCUCUGCCAACAAAAACAACACCAUCUGUACUCUAACUGAUUCGACUGGAGCUACUCUGUGCUGGACUUCUGCUGGAACCUGUGGUCUUAAAAAGGCUGCUCGUGGAACAAGUGAUGCUGGUCACCAAGCAGUCUUGGCAUUAACAGAAAAGGUCGAAUCUAAAAACAUUACCAUGAGUAAUGGAAUCCAUUUACGAAUUGCUGGGUUUGGACCUGGUCGUGAACAGGCAUUUCGCGCUGUUCGUGCUGCUGGAUGGUCAAUUGUGCGUAUUUCUGACUAUACUUCAUAUCGCCAUGCUGGCUGUCGUCCUAGAAAAAAGAGACGUUUGUAA